GCAUGAUUUUCUUUCAUGUGGUUUUGAAAAUUGUUCAUAACUUGAUUGUCUGCUAUCAUCUCCGCUUCAACUGAAAAUGUCAGUGUGGUAGACGUACACGGAAUAACACUGCACAUUUUUCACGCUCCAAUUAAAAUCAUACAAUGCCAUUGCCAUCGCUUCUCAUCUCAAUCUCACAGCAUCAUGCUGAAGCAGGCGGUGCACAGUCUGCUUACCACACACAACCCCCCUGAAGACUACUCUACAUAUCUUCAAUUAUUGCAGACAUGCAUUCUCAAGAACGGGUUUUCACAAGGUAAAAAUGUCCACUCUUUCAUCGCUCACAGGCGAUUUCCUUUUGCUACACGCACACUAUUUCAGAAUAAGCUUAUUUACAUGUAUGUCAAAUGUGGAAGUUUGGUGGAUGGUCGAAAAGUCUUUGACCGCAUGAAGGAGAAAGACAGCGUCUCAUGGAAUACGAUUAUCUCAGCGUACAGAAGACAUAGGUGUCCUCACGAGGCAGUCAGAGUGUUUCACGAAAUGCAACAAGCAGGUUUCCAUCCCGAUCAGCACACAUUUGCAAGUGUACUCCCAGCCUGUGCCGAAAUGGGAGCUUUGGAACAGGUUAUGGGUAUCCAUCAAAGCAUAAUGGACGGGGGAUUUUUGUCAGAUAUUGUAGUUGGAAAUGCUCUGGUAGACAUGUAUGCAAAAUGUGGAAGCAUAGACAAGGCACGUGAACUGUUUGACAGAAUGCCUCAAAGAAAUGUGGUAUCAUGGAAUGUCAUGAUUGCAGGAUAUGCUCAAAAUGGAUUUGUUGAAAAGGCUUUGGAAACUUUCAAGCAAAUGCAAUUGGCAGGCGUAAAGCCAAAUUCCACAGCCUUUGCUACCAUCCUCCCUGCCUGUGCAAAAAUGGGAGCUUUGGAACAGGGUAUGGAUAUCCAUCAAAGCAUGAAAGAUAGAGAAAUUUUGUCAGAUGUUGUAGUUGCAACUGCCUUGGUAGAUAUGUACGCAAAAUGUGGAAGCAUAGACAAGGCACGUGAAUUCUUUGACAGGAUGCCUCAAAAAGAUGUGGUCUCGUGGACUGCAAUGAUUGCAGGAUAUGCACAAAAUGGAUUUGUUGAGAAGGCAGUAGAAACUUUCAAGGAAAUGCAAGUGGCAGGUGUAAAGCCAAAUUCCACCACUUUUUCCACCAUACUUCCUGCCUGUGCUAAAAUAGGAGCUUUGGAACAGGGUAUGGACAUUCAUCAAAGUAUAAAGGAUAAAAGAAUUUUGUCAGAGACUGUAGUCGCAACCGCUCUAUUAGACAUGUAUGCAAAAUGUGGAAACAUAGACAAAGCACGUGAAUUGUUUGACAGAAUGCCUCAAAGAGAUGUGGUUUCGUGGACUGCAAUGAUUUCAGGUUAUGCACAACAUGGAUUAGUUGAAAAGGCCUUAGAAACUUACAAGCAAAUGCAAUUGGCACGUGUAAAUCCAAAUUCCACAACCUUUGCCAGCGUCCUUCCUGCUUGUGCCAAAAUGGGAGCUUUGGAACAGGGUAUGGAAAUCCAUCAAACCAUAAUGGAAGGGGAAUUUUUGCCAGAUAUUUUAGUUGGAAAUGCAUUGGUAGACAUGUAUGCAAAAUGUGGAAGCAUAAACAAGGCAUUUAAAUUGUUUAACAGAAUGCCUACAAGAGAUGUCAUCUCAUGGAAUGCAAUGAUUGCAGGAUAUGCACAAAACCGAUUUGUUGAAAGGGCUCUAGAAACAUUCAAUCAAAUGCAAUUGGCAGGUAUAAAGCCGAAUUCCACAACCUUUGCUACCAUCCUCCCUGCCUGUGCCAAAAAGGGAGCUUUGGAACAGGGUAUGGAGAUCCACCAAAGCAUAAAGGAAGGGGGAUUGUUGUCAGAUGUUAUGGUUGCAACUGCCCUGGUAGACAUGUAUGCAAAAUGUGGGAGCAUAGACAAGGCACGUGAACUGUUUGACAGGAUACCUCAAAAAGAUGUCAUCUCAUGGAAUGCAAUGAUUGCUGGAUAUGCACAAAAUAAAUUUAUAGAUGAGGCCUUAGAAACUUUCAAGCAAAUGCAAUUAGCAUGUAUAAAACCAAAUUCCACAACCUUUGCCAGCAUCCUCACCGCCUGUGCCAAAAUGGGAGAUUUGGAACAGGGCAUAAACAUCCAUCGAAGCAUAAAGAAUAGGGAAAUUUUGUCAGAUGUUACAGUUGCAACUGCUCUGGUAGAUAUGUACGCAAAAUGUGGAACCAUAGACAAGGCACGUGAACUGUUUGAUGGAAUGCCUCAAAGAAAUGUGGUGACAUGGAAUGCCAUGAUUACAGGAUAUGCACAAAAUGGAUUUAUUGAGAAGACUUUAGAAACUUUCAAGAAAAUGCAAUUGGCAGGUGUAAAGCCAAAUUCUACCACCUUUGCCAGCAUCCUCCCUGCCUGUGCCAAAAUGGGAUCUUUGGAACAGGGUAUGGAUAUCCAUCAAAGCAUAGUGGAAGGGGGAUUUUUGUCGGACAUUAUAGUUGGAAAUGCUCUGGUAGACAUGUAUGCAAAAUGUGGAAGCAUAGACAAGGCACGUGAACUGUUUAACAGGAUGCCUAAAAGAGAUGUCAUUUCAUGGAAUGCCAUGAUUGGAGGAUAUGCACAAAAUGGACUUUGCGAAGAUGCUCUCAAAAUUUUUGAAUCAAUGAAGUGCUUUGGAACAUAUCCUGACAUUGUUAGCUUUGCUUGUGUUCUAUGUGCAUGCAGCCAUGGCGGUUUAGUUGACGAGGGCUGUACAUACUUCAAUCACAUGAAAUUGGGCAGUUCGGGUGAGGUUCAAAUGGUAAGGAGAUUGAUGAAAGAUAGAGGUAUUAAAAAGAGCCCUGGCUGUAGUUGGAUUGAAGGCCAUAAAAUGGUACAUGCUUUUUGUGUAGGAGACACAGAAGAGCUAUCCAAAGUUGGAGAAAUUGGCUUGGGAGAUGAAGGCAGCAGGGUAAUUUCCAGAUUCAAGACAUUUACUUAACGAUGUUGAAGAGGAGGAAAAAUAAUAAUUUCCCUGCUCUCAUGGUGAAAAGUUAGCAAUUGCAUUUGUUUUGUCAAACAGGCUCCUUUGAACAGCCAUUAGAGUCGUUAAAAACCUUCGAGUAUGUAUUGAUUGUCACACUGCAACAAAAAUUUAUCUCCAAGAUUGCUCGAGGAGAGAUUGUUGUGAGAUGUGCGAACUGUAUCCAUCAUUAGACAGGGAUAAUGUUUUUGCAGAGACUAUUGAUAAUGCUAAAUGAACCAGUCUGAACAAUAGGCUUGCUCUAUUAUAAAAUGCACCUCCAGA